UCUCUCUCUGAUUAUCUAUCUAUCUGUCACGCUAUUAACCUCUCACCAAUAUCUUUCAUAUUUUCCUUCUUUUACUUUUUAGAAUCAAUCUUAUUCAAUAGGACAUUAGUAAAGAGUUAAUUAUUCGGCUGGGAAUUCAAUGCGCAUAGCUUCAUAGCAGACUGCGUAGAUGUGAGGUAUAGUGUAAAAUAAAUAGUAUUCAAAGCAAACGCUUGGUGUCGCUUUAGUCAGUUUAGGCCAAGAUGGCCACAAUGCGAUCAAUGAGACUCUCGAAUAAAUCGCGUAGUAAAUUACACUAUAUGCUAAAAUAAUCAACGAUUUUAAGACGCGGCUCCGGCGUCGGGGUGUAUCGAGGUGUAGCCGGAGACCAGGGUGGCCUGUGGUUUGCUCUUAAACCCGUAUAUAAAUGGACAAUGGGCAAGGACCAAGAGCUGCUCGAAGCAGCCAGGAAUGGCAAUGUAGCUGUCGUCGAAAAGAUACUCUGGCAGCGGGCGAAGAGGAGUGGUCCCUUAGCAAGUUUACGUCGAGGUCCAGGAGCUAAUGUGCAAGAUUCCAGUGGAUAUUCAGCGCUACAUCAUGCUGCGUUGAAUGGACAUAAAGACGUAGUGAAGUUGCUACUUCAUCACGAGGCUUCAACCAAUAUCGUCGAUGCUAAGGGCUCUUCUCCCCUUCAUUUAGCAGCAUGGUCUGGAAGUUCAGAAAUUGUGCGAUUAAUUUUGAGCCAAGGGCCUUCUAUACCAAAUGUCAACCUUACGACUAAGGACAAUGAAACGGCUUUGCAUUGCGCUGCACAAUAUGGACAUACGGAAGUAGUGGAACAACUGCUUCAAUAUAGAUGCGAUUCCAGUAUCCGUAACAAUCGUGGAGAAUCUGCCUUGGAUCUAGCUGCUCAAUAUGGCAGAUUAGAAACAGUGGAAUUAUUAGUUCGAACUCAUCCGGAGUUGAUCGAGUCUCUACGCAGUUCAUCAGCUUCUUUGAUUUUUCCACAUACACCUUUACAUUUGGCUUCACGAAAUGGGCAUCGUGCUUGUGUUGAAGUGCUUCUCGUGGCAGGGGUAUAUGUUAAUACCCGUACGUCAGCUGGUACAGCGAUGCAUGAAGCUGCACUUUGUGGCAAAAUGGAAGUUGUACGAACACUCCUUGAUCGAGGAGUCGACCUUACUAUCAAGGACUCUCGGGAUAAUACAGUACUUGAUUUACUUAGUCAAUUCCCAGCGCAUGUUACGCAAGAUAUAACUGCCGUGAUUAAAAAACAUCGCACAUCUUCCGGGAUCGAAAGCGAUGCUGACAGUGAACAUUUGCCGCCAAUUCCGGUUCAAAGUAAUGACUCUCUGGGUAGUCCAUAUGAAAACGUACAGUCCGGGGAUGAGUUUUCCCUGGAAGAAGGAUCUUCUCCAACUCGUUGGCAGAUAUACCACAAGCCUCGAGACAGUGAUAAUGGAGUUUCCGCAAAUUCUACUAUAGCUCUGGGCUCGGACAGCACUGCCUUGCCUAAUCUCUGCGAGGUACUACCCAUACCUAGUACGCUUAUGGAUACUAGGGAGAGCUGUGCUUCUGAAGACCAGCUAUCUUUAAUGCUCCCAGAGAAAUACUAUGGAGGAAAAGAAUCGGACCAAUUGAGUAUUUCCUCGUCAUCGAGCAUAGGAGGGCCGAGCUCACGUGAACGGCGCUGUUUGCCUGAUUCAUCGUCUUCCGGAAUUUAUCUACCAAUGACACCCCUCUCGAAUUCUCAAUACAGUUUAACUUCAAGUAAUAAGAUCUCGAACGGCGUUACGUUAUCGACUUUGCAACCUCCAAAAAAGCCACCACGACGCAAUCUCUCGGUUUCUCCAAUUCAUUUGCAGACUGAUAUGACAUAUUCGGCCGAAAGUCACAUCGUCCGUAAGGAUUAUGACUAUUUAUUCCUUGCACAUAGUGGCUCUUGUAAGUGGACUGAAGAAGAGCAAUCGCAAGAGCAUAAUAAAAUUUUGCGCCGCAUCUAUCAUAGAGCCGACCAAUAUGUCGAUAUGAAAUCGCAGGAGCAACAGCAAAAAGAGACUCAAGAAAAGUGCGUUGAGACUGAGUUUAGAGUGGAUACAUCCAUUACUUAUGUACUUGAAAAUAGACCCAUGCGAAUAACGAAUUCUGACAAGAAGUUACACAAGCAUAUGUAUGGACAUUCGAAAUACGAAAACUGCCACAUAGACAGCAUGCUUGUGGCGGAAAAUUCACCUAAAAGUAAAAAUGUCCACGAUCCAGAAGAGAUCUUCGUUUCUAAUGCUGUCCUUACGCUUAAAUCUUCGCAAGAGUGUUUAGUGGAAGAAAAAUUAAACCAUUCGAGAGAAUCACAGAUCAAAAUUUCUGAGAAAUACCUCAAAAGAAUGCAGAUAUUGCUCCCAACAAGUCCAACACAUUACAUUCAACCUCCGACCCCCGAUCAUCCACCACCCUCGGCCAUUCAAGCUGAAGAAUCCAUUCAUGAACGUAUUCGACCGCUCAGUCAGGUAUAUAAACGGCGUUCCCGUGAUAUGGAAACAGAAACGGAGGAAGAGCUGCUGCAGUUUCCAGCGAGUGACUCACUCAACGCCUCCAGCGGAUCACUCUCAUUGGCCUCCAUUUUUGAUAAGAGUAUGUCCACGGAUAACGUCGAAGAAUACUUCGGCGACAUGCCCUUCGCAGGUAAUCAACAACAGCAACAUCACACGCUUGGCUGCACCGCAUGACGCUUUUCUUCCACUCUGAUGUACUGAUUGCAUUUUCGUUUUAUUCCUUUUUUGUUUUCGCUGUUUAGGUUGUGACAUUACUAUCACAAUUCUAACAGGUGACCAUACGAUAAAUCUAUUCGUUAAUAAUUCUUAGCACAC